UGUGUGGUAGCUGUCUGGGCAGUUACCAUAUUUAAACAAGAGGAUUGACCAGGGAAACGGGAGAAUUAGUUAGGAAAACUCAGGGGAUUCUUCCAUCAGUUGAGAAGGUUGCAGGAGACUCUCUGUACAGGAUCAUACACUUCAUGAAAUUUAGACAUUUUAUUUAAUUCAUUCAAAGAAAAAGGCAAUUCAAUUUAGAUUUUUUUGUUGUUGUUUGAAAGAUUCCACAUCUGCAAUUUACCUGCGCGCUCCGCGGUUCCGGGGACGCAGUUGACUUGGAGAGAGAGAGUAAUACAGAGGAUAGAAAAUUAUAGGAUAGAAUCUCUCCAAUAUUACAUUAUUACUGAUUACAGGCAAAGCAUAACUUUUAAAGUUGCAUCAUGCCAUUUUUCAUUUCAUUGUGUUUGUACCUUUGGCUGGUGUUGUUACCUGGCCGGACAAGUACAGCCGUGAAUGAAGACAUCGAAGUAUUGGUGAUGUUGCCCAAAAAUAACUCGUAUAUGUUCUCAAUAGCAAGAGUGGCACCGGCUAUCGAGUAUGCAAAGCAGGGGUUGAAAAUCGGCAGCGGUCUGUAUUCGGGACUUAAUUUCAACCUGCGUUAUGAGGAUUCCGACUGUGGCAAUGAUGCACUCUUCUCUCUGGUGGACCGCUCCUGCGAGAAGAAACCAGACUUGAUUCUCGGUCCGGUGUGUGAAUACGCCGCGGCGCCGGUUGUAAGGAUGGCAUCUCACUGGAACAUCCCGGUCAUCUCGACAGGUGCUCUGGCCAGCGGGUUUAGAGAAAAAGACAAAGAGUUCUCUCGACUAACCCGAAUCUCCCCGUCUUACCUAAAAAUGGCAGAGACCUUCUUGGCGAUGUUCCGUAACUUCAACUGGAAGGACGCGUUGCUGAUCUACGAUGACGAUACGAAGGAGAGGAAUUGUUACUUCACUAUGGAAGGGGUGCACCUCAAACUCAUGGACGAAUAUCAGACCGUCACCUAUGCCACCAACUCUAAAGAAGAGCGCCUGAACACAGACGACAUCAUCAAAUAUAUCUACGAAAGUGAAGUUGUUAUCAUGUGCGCGGGAGCUGACAUCGUCCGAGACGUCAUGCUCGCUGCUCAUCGACGGAGGCUCACCAAUGGCAGUUACAUCUUUUUCAACAUCGAACUCUUCAACUCCACGUCUUACGGCAACGGCUCGUGGAAGCGAGGGGAUAAGUACGACAGUGAGGCUCGACAAGCGUACUCUGCCCUCAACACGGUCACGCUGCUCCGGACGGUCAAGCCAGAGUUUGAGAACUUCUCCCUGGAGGUCAAGAGGUCCAUUCAGAAGGCUGGCCUACUGGACUGUGACGACUGUGACAACAUCAACAUGUUUAUGGAAGGGUUCCAUGAUGCAUUGCUGCUGUACGCCCUGGCGCUGCACGAAACCAUCAGGAACGGCCUCACCAAGAAGGACGGAGCAGAGAUCACCUACCGCAUGUGGAACAGAACAUUUGAAGGCAUCGCAGGCCAAGUGUCUAUGGACUUUAACGGAGACAGAUACGGAGACUUCUCUGUGAUGAGCAUGACCAACACCGAGGCAGGCACCUAUGAGACGGUGUGUAACUACUAUGGUGUGAAGGAGAGUUUCCAGAUGCUCCCGGGGUUCAAUCCUGACCACUUCACCCUAAGAGGACUACACAGGGUCUCCCACGCAGACCUGCCAGACAAAUCAUGUGGUCUAGGAGUAUCUGCUCUUACUGGGAUCAUAGUGGGAGCCCUGCUGGGGACAGCACUCCUCAUGUCCUUCUACUUCAUCAGGAAGAACUACAGGAUAACCAUUGAGAGACGCACGGCGAGGGAGGAAUGUGACAUUGGGAAGCAUCGUCAGUUACGAGAGGAUUCUAUCAGAUCUAACUUCUCAGCAGCGUAGAGCAUCACCACGGUUACCAUCCGUUGCUCCUGACGUUCCCGUUCCAGGGAAGCAAGAAGCAGCGUAGCGCGGAAGGAAGCACCAUGGGAAUGUUUUUAAGACUCUACAUACGCUACACGCCUGUCAGAGGAGUCAUGCUAUUUAAAGAAAGACAUACUGUCAUUUAUAUGUGUUUUUAAAUUUUCUCUUUUAAAUUUUUUUUGACUUUCAUAAACUCAGGAAAGUUCCAAUCACACAGCAGCACCACUUUCAUCUCUGUUGAAAUAUAUCUGUAGGUGUCUUCUCCCCUUAAGAGGGCCAGUACAGAAGACAUUAAUAGUAUAAUAUUAUGUUUUCACCUGUUUUUAUAACAAACAGUGCAAGCCGUUUUGACCAUGUAAAAAAAGCAUUUGCACUCCAUACAGGGUUACAGUAACAGCAGAGAAAACAGGGAUCAAUAAGCCUUUGAACUUCAUUGGUACAGGUCAGAUCAGAGAUAACAUGUCAGAUAAAGGAUAACAGGUCAGAUCAGAGAUAACAGGUCAGAUCAGAGAUAACAGGUCAGAUCAGAGAUAACCGGUCAGAUCAGAGAUAACAGGUCAGAUCAGAGAUAACAGGUCAGAUCAGAGAUAAC